UCGUUGAGCGCGGAAGUGGCCAAGGAAGUGGUACAAAAGGGCACCUAGCCAGAUUCGGAAAAGCAUAAGAACGCGAUUUUGGUUUUCGUUGAAUGGCCGCUCUGUCUUUGUGUCCAUGUAUUUCUGUUUGACUGUGUGCGAGUGCGACUGUUUGUGUUUGUGUAAGAAGUUCGGCGGCAACGAAGACGUAAAAUAGUGAAGCAUAAAGGCAUAAUAAAGUGAAGAAAAUACUCGCACAUAAAUCCAUGUUAGUGUGUUUGCACUAGCCCUUCUACCUCUGUUUUUGCUACCUGCCAAUUUGUUAACUUUAUUGUUGUUACCGCUUGCGUGCUGUGAAUCAAAGUAACAACAACCGCCACAACAACAACAUGCGACAACACGAAUAAAUUUGAAGAGAGGAACUUUCAUUUUCGACAAACAACAAUGUGCGAGACGCGAUAAGACAGCCGAAAGGAAGAACAACAAUCUCAGCUAUAAAAGAGCACUGCAAACAAACUAAAUUGGAGGUGGAAUUAAAAUAGGAGAGAACAAUGACAAUUACGUACACAGGUGAAGUGGCCACUUGUCGCGGCUUUGGCUGUUUUCUCAAAUUGCUGCUCAGAUGGCGAGGAAGCAUUUACAAACUGGUUUGGCUAGAUCUUCUCGCCUUCUUGACCAUCUACUAUGCGAUCAACAUGGUGUAUCGCUUUGGCCUCAACCCUGGACAAAAAGAAACCUUUGAGGCCAUUGUUCAGUACUGUGAUAGCUACAGAGAACUCAUCCCCCUGUCCUUCGUCCUGGGUUUCUAUGUAUCGAUUGUGAUGACCCGUUGGUGGAACCAGUACACCUCCAUUCCCUGGCCAGAUCCCAUUGCCGUCUUUGUCAGCUCGAAUGUCCACGGCCAGGAUGAGCGGGGACGCAUGAUGAGGCGAACCAUUAUGCGAUAUGUGUGCCUUUGCUUGACGAUGGUCCUGGCGAAUGUUUCGCCGAGGGUGAAGAAGCGUUUCCCCGGCCUCAAUAAUCUGGUGGAAGCGGGUCUGCUCAAUGACAAUGAAAAGACCAUCAUCGAGACCAUGAACAAGGCCUUUCCCAGACCUUCGAAGCAUUGGCUGCCCAUCGUUUGGGCUGCCAGUAUCAUAACUAGGGCCAGAAAGGAAGGUCGCAUUCGUGAUGAUUUUGCGGUGAAGACCAUCAUCGAUGAGCUGAACAAGUUUCGUGGUCAGUGUGGACUCCUUAUCAGCUACGAUACCAUCAGUGUACCCCUGGUGUACACCCAAGUGGUGACCCUGGCGGUAUAUUCGUACUUCCUUACCUGCUGCAUGGGUCAGCAGUGGACAGAUGGCAAGGUGGUGGGCAAUACCACAUACCUGAACAAGGUGGAUCUGUACUUUCCAGUAUUCACAACGCUGCAGUUCUUCUUCUACAUGGGUUGGCUCAAGGUGGCCGAGUCGCUGAUCAAUCCAUUUGGCGAGGACGAUGACGAUUUCGAGGUCAACUGGAUGGUAGAUCGCAAUCUGCAGGUGUCAUAUCUGAUCGUCGACGAGAUGCACCACGACCAUCCGGAGCUGCUGAAGGAUCAGUACUGGGACGAGGUGUUCCCCAACGAGCUGCCCUACACAAUAGCUGCCGAGAGAUUCCGGGAGAAUCAUCCAGAGCCGUCCACUGCCAAGAUCGAGGUGCCCAAGAAUGCGGCCAUGCCAUCGACAAUGUCGUCCGUUCGCAUCGAUGAAAUGGUUGGUAAUGCUAAUGGUGAUCCCGCCGCCGCUGCGGACGCGAAAAUCCCGAUCCCGGUUACGGGUCAAGCUCAAGUUCCGGGUGCGGACUCCGGCGUCCAAACCGUUACUUAUGAUUUUCCCAAGGGCUCGCCAGAUGAGGAGGCUGAUGAUGCCAGUGGCAUACACUUCUCAGCUGGAAAUGGUAAAAUGCGCCUGGACUCCUCGCCUUCGCUGGUCAGCGUUUCGGGAACGCUAUCCCGGGUGAACACGGUGGCCUCGGCCCUCAAGCGUUUCCUCAGUCGCGACGAUAGCAGACCGGGAUCGGCCACGCCCAGUCAGGAUCAGCCCUACAAGUUCCCGGCCAGCGCCAGUUCGGCGAGUUUAUCGGGUGCAGUUAUAGGAUCGGCUACGUCGGCCGGAAAACCAGCUGGCAGUCUUAGGAUUACGCAGCAGGUGAUCGAGGAGGUGGACGAACAGGCCACCAUAACAUCCAUGCGAGCCAGUGAACCGCGUCCCAAUGUCAUGGACAUAUUCGCACAAACGUCGUCGGGAGCUGGAACCUCUGGACCGCUGCAGCCACCACCGGCGCACUCGGAACCGGUGGACAUCCCAUCACGUCCGCCCUCAUACAAUCGUGCCCAGUCCCAGUACGAGCCCACUCUAUAUCCACCUGGCGGAGUGGAUGCCCUGCUCAGUACUUCGGCUCCUGCGGGUGGCAGCCCUCUGCUCCUGUCCAAUGCAGCCACUGCACCCAGUUCCCCAGUGGGCGAGAGCUCCAAGUCCCUGUACGAUCCUCAAAAGGCCGCCAGCCGCGAGACAGAGAGGCCCGAUGCACCGCAGGUUUUCAGGUGGUUCGUCACGCCCGUGGAGAACAUGGACCUGAGGUCCUCCACGGAUCUCCUGGGCCAUCCGGCUGCGCAGCCCGAGGACGAGGGCGAUGACUUCGACAAGCUGAAGGCGGAACGCGAGAAGGAGAAACUGAUGCGCCAGCAGAAGAAUCUGGCCAGAACCAUUAGCACCGCUCCGGGAAUGGAAGCCACGGCUGUGCCGAUGGUGCCAAUGGUCCCAGUGAAUGUGGCAGUGCAACAGGCACAGCUGCAACCAGUGGCAUCCAGUGCCGAUCUUCUGGCCGCAGGAGAUCAAUUCUCCAAUUCGACGAUGAAGUCGGAGGACGCCAUCAACGGCAGUUGAAGGACACCUAGUAUUUUGUUUCGUACACUUACCUAGUUUAAGUCUAGUGCAUUAUUUAAUUCACCUAAGCUGCUAUGCUAAAUUAUCUAUACUAUAUACUAUAUACUAGACGUAUAUGCCGCUGACAUUGGACGUACGCAAAGUAAUGGACAGUUUAAGAAUGCUCAUAAAGUCUAAAACGAGCUCGAGUGAUGAUGGACCUAAUUAACGCAGUUAAUAACACAAAUACUAAUAUCUAAGUAGUAGAAAGUUUUUGAAUUUUACAAAUAUAAGUUAUUUUGUAAAUUAA